AUGCUGUGGUGCAUCAGCAGGGCCUCGGCGCGCGUCUCGGACGGCGCGACGGCGAGCGCGGGCGACCGGCCGGGGUGUAGCUCCAAUGGCGGCGCCACAAACAUUGCGCGGGUUGGGCAGUGCAGCGCCGCGUGCGGCGGGGGGGAGUGUGGGUCGCCGAUGGCGGCGGAGGGCACGCCGGUGAUCAGUGCGAUCGAGGACCACGUCGUGCGGCCGUCGGGGUGCAGCGCCGCGUCAAAGCCAGGCGACGAGGAGGCCCGCGUGUGCAAGCUGCGGUCCCUGGGCGUAUUGGACACUCCGCCCGAGCCGCAGUACGACCGCAUCACGAGCCUCAUCCGCGAGCUGCUCCAGGUCAAGACGUGCGUGCUGUGGCUGCUCGACGACGAGCGCGCGUGGGCCAAGUCCGCUGCGGGCGAGACCGUGCUCCAGAUGGCACGCGAGGUCAGCAUGUGCUCCUGGACGCUCCUCGGGGAGCGCCCCGAGGUGCUGGUCGUGCCAGACUGCACGAAAGACCUGCGCUUCAUGCGGAACCCGCAAGUCACCGGCCCGCAAGCCCAGCGCUUCUACGCCGGCGCGCCGCUGGUCACCAGCGACGGAUACCGCCUCGGGACGCUCUGCGUGGCCGACACGGCGCCGCACCAGGACUUCUCCGAGCGCCACAUCGCGCUCCUGGCCAACUUCGCCGAGUUCGCGGUGCGGGAGCUCGAGAAGGGCUUCAUGCGGGGCCCCGCCGCGCCCAUCUCGUCCAACCCCGCGCCGCUCCGGGCCAUGGACAGCGCGCCGGGGGCGGCCGCGGAACCCCCGAGCGAGAGCCUCGUGCGGCGACGAACGGGCUCCUUCCGCCGCGUCCCGUCCGCGGUGUUCGGCGAGUUCACGAGCAUCGUGGGGGAGCAGCGCCGCAAGUGGCGUGCAGUUGACUCUUUGAACGAGGCCGUGCUGCUCGUGGACGCCGCGAACGGCUGGCGCUGCCUGUACGGGAACUCGGAGUUCUACGCCCUGUUUGGCUGCGCGGGCAUCAAGCCCAGCGACACCUUGUGGGACAUGAUCGACGUCGAAGGCGCGGUGGGCGCGCAGGGCUACCGCGACGUGGCGGCGCGCCGGGGGACCUUCUCGCUCGCGGCGACGGUGCGGCGGUGGCCCGGGAACGACGCGAUCGCGCUCCCGCGGCUGUCGUGCCGGUGCGCGCCCGCGGACCAGGCAGCGGACAUCAACGCGCUGAUGCUGCGCACGAGCACGCUCAGGUACCGCGCCGCGCCCGCGAAGGCCCCCGACACGCUCCUCUACCUCGUCAUCAUGCGCAAGGACGACAGCGGCCAGGGCGCCAUGGCGCGCCUGCCGCACCGAGGCUCGGUGGAGCGCACGCGCCAGGUCAUACAGCUCUGCCCGCUCGAGGAGACGCACAGCACGAACCUCAGCGGCCGGGACAGCAUCGAGCGCGCCGCGAUCGCCAACAGCGUCACCGCCGUCGACGCGGCCGCCAACGGCGCGACGACGGUCGCGUCGCUCUACAGCUGGGAGUCGGGCCUGACGAGCAAACAGAGCGCCCCGGUCGUCAACGGCGAGCGCGUGCAGGCGCCGUUCGUCGACGUCAAGCUCGGGCGCCUCACGUCGCAGUCCGCGUCCCUGCGCAUCUUCCGGGGCCUCUGGGACGGCGCGGUGGUGUCGGUGCGGGCGCUGCGGUGCGCCAUGGCGCCAACCAGCACGGAGGAGGACCUCCGCACCGUUCUGCAGUCGAUGCUCUCGGUGCUAGUCUCCCAUCCCGGGCUGGUGCAGACGUACAAGUACGCCAUCCGCGCGGACGGGGACGAGGGUGGGGGCGAGCGGGUAGCGACGGCGCCGCUCGCGGCGGGGCAGGCGUGCGACGUCUGGAUCGUGCAGGAGUACUGCGGGAUGGGCUCGCUGCAGGACGCGUGCGACCGGCGGGAGUUCCUGGCGCGCGGCGCGGGCGUGGGCGCGGCGCUGCACAUCUGCCGCGAGGUCGCGAGCGCGCUCGUGCACCUCCACAGCCGCCACAUCGUGCACGGGGACCUGUCGGCGAGGAACGUCAUGCUCAUGGCGAGCCCCGACCGGUUCGAGGGAUGCAUGGCCAAGGUGGCCGGGUACGGCCUCGCGACGGCGCUGCGGACGGAGGACGGGCAGCCGCUGGGCACGACGACGCACAUGCCGCCGGAGGUCCUGCGCGGCGCCGAGGCGACCACCAAGGCGGACGUGUUUUCGUUUGGCGUGCUCAUGUGGCAGAUGGCCACGUGCGAGCGCCCGCACGGCGGGGCGCACCCGGCGAAGGUGGCGGCGCGUGUUCUCAGCGGCGCGGCGCAGCUGGAGUUCCCGGACACGCUGCCGUUCGCGUACAGCGCCCUGGCGAGGCGGUGCCUCGCCGCAGACCCCGAGGAGCGCCCGACGUCGUCGGACGUGCUGAUGGAGGUGCUCGACCUGCAGGCGGCCAGCUUGUAG